AUGGCAGCGCUGACCCAGGAGACAUCUACUGCCUCGAUUCUCGUAAUUGAGGCCUUCUACGGCGGGUCCCAUAAACAACUGGUGGAUACCAUUCGGGAGCUUCUCUCACAGACUGGUGAGUGCGGACUGGACACUGGUUGCACAGUUUCUCCCUAUUUUUUUCUGCCAUCUGUCAUCUUCAUCCCUAACUGUUUCAUCAGACUGAUUACAGAGCCACUGUUGCCAUACUACGCCAGCGGAUUCAUCUGGAGGUGUGAAAGUGAUUUUUUUGCAGAAGGGUGUGACGUCAGGACAACACGGCAGUACUUAAUCGUUACUAUCGCAUCGGAUAGAAGAAGCGUUUAUUUGGGCGUUUUCAAGAUCGCCCGGGGGCGUGUUGUGACCAUUGUAGCCACCGACAACAAUUACCAAGCUCUCCUGGUUCAGUAUAUUUGUUCCCGUGUCCUGCUACGCCAUGCUAUAGCGACGAAACAGAAACAUACUUCACUGUUAGACUCCCCACUUCUACCAUAUCCCCAUGCAUCUAACCCGAAUAGGUUAUAAUAGCCUCCUGGUUCUCACAUAAAGUAGGUGGGCUAACUCAUGAAAUGUCAACCGAAAUUCCGAAAUGCGUUUUCGUUUCGAAAAGAUUGAUCAAGUAGGCUUGUAAGACUAGUCAGCCUGCUACAUGAUUCUAUAAUGUUUCAGUUAUCCCUGGAUGCCGGCUUUGGAAUGAACUUCCGUCCGGCUGCAUGCAAAGACUACAGUCUACAAAAAUGACUACUUAAGUAACAGGCAUUUUUCUCAUUGAUUUCCGAUGACUUUAAAAGUUCAAAUAUAAUCCAUGGAAAACAUGCAUAGAAAUAUUCAUUCUUUUGCUCAUUCGGUAGACAGUUACGUCUUCCUCUAGUUUUACACUCGAAAGAAGAGUUUAAUUCUGUUUUCAAAGACUUUUCCAAUUCCCGAAUAGUUUUUAAGCCGCCCUACCGUUACAGUCAGAUUCAGGGUUUCCAACCUACAAGCCGUAUAUUUUCCGCUUACGGAAAACCGCACAUUUCUCUACAGAAUUAAGAGGAGACCACAUGCGGUUCAUAAAAAUUCGCAGUGGAUUUGAGCCAUAUCGUCAACUUUACGAGCCACAUUGGUAAAUGCAGAUACAUGACGAUUUAUGAACGGCCAUUCCACAGUAUUUAAAAGUCCCACAAUUAGAAAUUUUCUAAACCGAAUAUGUCAUUUCUUCGAGUAUAAACUUAGAAGAAGACGCAAUUUUCUGCCGAAUGAGCAAAAGAAUGAAUAUUUUUAUGCAUGUUUUCCAUGAAAUAUAAUUGGACUAUUAGGGGUAUCCAUGCUACUUAAGUAGUCGUUUUUUACAGUGUAUAGUUUUUGCGUGUAGCCUGAAGGAAGUUCGUUCGAAAGCCGGCAUCCUGAACUGACUGAAAUAUUAUGGAAUUAUGUAGCAGGCUGACUAGUUUUACAAGCCUACUUAGUUAAUCUUUUUGAUGCGAAAGCGCAUUUUGAGAUUUCGGUUGGCGUUUCAUCAGUUCGCCCACCUACUGUACCUGAACGCAUUAGGCUAUCCCCCCCCGCGACAACUGCUAAUUGGCGGUUUUAAAAAAUUCGCUGUCUUGCCGUAACUUACUUGUGUUACUGUAAGGCCUAAGAAUGAAUAAUCGGAAACGUGCGUUUGCCGAACGUAACUUCUUCAAUUAUCAGACCAAAUUGCAGACAGAAAACACUUCUGUCACACUAAGGUUUCGUGUUAGACGUACACGACUGGCAUUGUCGAGCCUGACAGCGAUCUAUGAUCCGACAGUGUUCUUGUCCACACAGUGUAAUCACUCCGCAAGCGAUAACGGGUUUGCACUGAAGGUCAGUCACAAGGCUGUCGGGUAAUUCGCCCAUUUGACGAAUGUUACCGCUGUAGAUCAGCCAGUUAAACCACGGAGAACAAAAUGAGGCACAUCAGCGGUUUUGAUUAAUCUCUGGCCUUUGGAGUUUCUAGAUUUUGCCUACGUCAACUGGUCAGCCCCUUGAGAUGGUUCUGGAAGUGCCGUCGUCGUGGAACCGAAAGUCUAUCUAGUCUAUUGUCGACUACGAACGCGAGGUACAAGGCAUUGAUCAGUCAGCAGAUUAAAUGAACGGAAGAGAACAAAAUUAUACUGCGAUUUAGAUGUGCACCGAGUCCCUUCUGCGUAUGGGUGUCGGUCCUGAAAAAAAAACCGCCGUUCUGUGGCAUUGCCUCAGUGGACAGGUUCAAUUCUUUCCCACAACUUUCCUACCCUCGCUUACGUCUAGAAUUUCGCCUGAGUUGCUUUCCAUUUCAGGCCUAAGUGUUGGGGACCAACAGUAAUUUAUCCAGAAAUUGUGGGAAUGGCGUCCAGAGCAGUUUGAAGAUUAACAGGUAUCACAUUUGUUUAAAAUUCCACCAUUGCGAUGAGUUAGACUCGGGGGUUUGAACCCCCCUAUUAUAUGUGGCUCUGUUUAAAUUCCAGUGAGGGAUGGCACAGGUUAGAGUUAGUGUUGACCUUAGUGUCUUAGUGUUAGGAGGGUUAGGGUCAAGGUUUAGACACGGAUAUAGAGGGACGAGGCCACCUGUAGUGCUAGGGGGAGGGGGGAGUCUAAAUUUUUGCGUCCGACCUUGGUGGGAUUUCGAAAAUGGGCCGUCACAUCUUCCCUCUUCAUGGAUAUUUUCUGUUUUAUCACAGGGAACUGGUACUCGGCCGGCUGAAACGGAAUUCUUUUUCCUCCUUUAUUUGUGUCGUACGCCAAUGGCUUCAUGAAGAAAAUGAAUUUCUUGUGGUGACUGCUCGGCUCACGAAUUGUGAAAUGCGCACUUUUCGCACGUGUGCAGAUAUUUGCCAGAAAUUUCGGUGUUUUUCUCGAAGACUGAUGAUGUCCAGCACUGCCGUUUGUAUUUAUCUUCUUGUUGCAUGUUCGGCCCAAUUAAAAAAAUGGAUUUGAAGUUGUGGGGUAAAUGUAGUCCCUAUGAUUUACUUUAUUUAUCUACAAGCCAUACUUUGCCGAGGACUAUGCCUUUUAGUGGUAUGAUUUAUUUUUCUGUCGUCGCUGUGAUGAGUGACGUUGGAGUCCAAAACUAAUGUUUUUAAGCCUCACAAAGAACGGUCUUAUUAUUUUAAGAGGUGCCGGGGUGCUCAGAGAGACAGGGACUUGUCUUUUGCAGUUUCUGACUGAAAUCUCCUCUCAAGCCCUGUGAAAAUAUGCGCUGUGUUGUCUGAACAACCGAGUCAGACGAUUUACAAUGGACAUCAAUAGUCCAUGACUCCUACGCACACGAGAUAUCUUCGAGGUGCCUAACUAGUUUCUCCUAUGCGAAAGCCUAUAGUUCAUGUGGAAGCCGUAUAUGCUAUAUUGAAAAAAGUAAUCGUCAGAUGUCAGGUGAAAGCUGACCUCCACGGCCGCAAGACGCAACAAUAGGAAAGUCGCGUAAUGAGGGUACGCUAUGUUCCAGAGAGGUUAGUGCGAAGUUUGGGUUAGGCCACGGGAAUAGGUAACCUUACGGAAAUUUAGCGCAAGGCCGCAGGUUUUAAAGGCGAGAGGUUCCCAUUCUCAAAGCACAUUCAGACAAAACAGGCCACAUAAGCGUCCCAGGCGACCUAGAAGAAGCGUCAGCAUUAAAAGCGACUGACUUGGAACCAGUUCGGCCCAGAGGCGGAUGAGCCAGCAUCAAUUUGAAGAGGCUCUCGACUCUUUUAGCCGCCUCCUCAUGUUACGGUGGCAAAAGUCGCCGAACUCUCAGCCUCCCCGAGUCAUUCCGCCUUGAAAUUCCUUGACCAUGUGUGCAGGGAUGCCGCUGGCCGGGGGUUCGCGCAACCAAAGUGAACAGCGUUGACGCCCGCUAAUGCCUCUGCCUGUUACCUCGCUUAUUACCUCAAGACCUGCAUCGUCUUGUUUAAUAAGCCUCUACUAUGAUAAGGCUUGUAGUCAGUCAUUAAAGUCCCCUCAUGUGCUGGACUUGAAUUUUCCGUCUUACAGUCCUGGGCACGCAUACAGCUGGCGGAGGAGACUCGGAUGUUUGUGUUGUGACCCUGCCCCCCACGAAAUGGCACUGGCGGGCCCGCACCGGUGCCCUGGCCUUGGCGGCUCUGAUUCCGAAACAUGCUGAUCACGGCUUUCGUACUGUCUUCACCAGUUCGGUCUUCAGCCUGCCGGAGCUUCUCGCCCUCCGACCGGAUCUUCAGACCGCUGAGAAGUUGCUCUACUUCCAUGAGAAUCAAAUUGUCUACCCACUGCGUCGAGCCUUUGCUGAAAAGGACUAUCAGUACGGGUAA